AUGGAGGCCCAAUCAUUAGAGGCUAGGAUGUACCUUGUUGUCCAGGGUCAGCUGGACAUGGAAGGGGCCCUGACGGCCAGGGACCGGGUUGGGAUCCAGGACUUUGUCCUUCUGGAUGAGACAACAGAGACGGCCUUCCUCAGCAACCUGAAGAAACGCUUCAGUGAAGACCUCAUCUAUACGUAUAUUGGCACUCUGUUAGUGUCUGUCAAUCCCUACAAAGAGCUGGAUAUCUAUAACAAGAAACAAAUGGAUCUUUACAUGGGUGUCAACUUCUUUGAGCUCCCACCACACAUCUAUGCCUUGGCAGACAAUGCCUACCACACCAUGCUUACAGAGUUCAACAAUCACUUUAUCCUCAUCUCUGGUGAAAGUGGAGCAGGGAAGACGGAGGCCUCUAAGAAGAUCCUUCAGUACUAUGCUGUCAGCUGUCCAAGCACCACUCUCCUUGACACUGUCAGGGACAAAAUGCUAAUGUCCAAUCCUGUCCUUGAGGCUUUCGGCAAUGCCAAAACACUGAAGAAUGACAACUCAAGUCGGUUUGGGAAGUAUAUGGACAUUCAGUUUGACAGCCAGGGGGAUGCAGUUGGAGGUCACAUCCUGAACUACCUGCUAGAGAAGUCCAGGGUUGUCCAUCAGAAUCACGGGGAGAGGAACUUCCACAUCUUCUACCAGCUGGUGCAGGGAGGCGAGGAAGACCUGCUGCACCAGCUGGGACUGGAGAGAGACUGCCAGCAUUACAACUAUCUAACGCAAGGAGAGUGUGCCAUUGUGUCUUCCAUCAAUGACAAAAAUGACUGGAAGACAGUGAAAAACGCCCUGAAUGUCAUUAACAUUGAUGAGACUGACAUUAAUCACUUGUUUGAGAUCAUUGCAAGCGUUCUCCACUUGGGAAAUUUUCACUUUGAGAGCAACAGCAAAGGCCAGGCCAUCUUGAACAGCAACGCAGAGCUGCGCUGGUUCUCGAGUCUGCUGGGAGUUAAUGCUGAAACCCUCCGGAAAGGAUUAACCUUCAGAUGGAUUGAAGUCAAAAAAGAUGAGGUCCUGAGCCCCUUCACAACCGAUCAUGCCAUCUAUGCCAGAGAUGCUUUGGCCAAAGCCGUUUAUGGACGCACCUUCACCUGGCUGGUCAACAAGAUCAAUGAGUCUAUGGAAAAUACGAACUCUACAAGGAAGACUGUUAUAGGGCUUCUGGACAUUUAUGGCUUUGAGGUUUUCAAUUUAAACAGUUUUGAGCAGUUCUGUAUAAACUACUGCAACGAGAAGCUGCAGCAGCUUUUUAUCCAGCUGACACUCAAGUCUGAGCAAGAGGAGUAUGAAGCAGAGAAUAUUGAGUGGGAGCCGGUUCAGUUUUUCAACAACAAGAUCAUUUGUGACCUGGUUGAAGAGAGACACAGAGGCAUCAUAUCAAUACUGGAUGAGGAGUGCCUGAGGCCAGGAGACGCCACAGACCUCACCUUUCUGGAGAGGCUGGAGGAGAAGAUGGGGAGCCACCCUCACUUUGUCACGCAUAGACUGGCUGACAAAAUGACACGAAAGACUCUGGAGAGAGGAGAUUUCCGUCUCUUGCAUUACGCCGGGGAGGUCACCUACUGUGUCGUGGGUUUCCUGGAUAAAAACAAUGAUCUUUUGUACAGAAACAUAAAAGAUCUGAUGCGCCAAUCUAAAAAUGCCAUAGUCAGAGAGUGUUUCUCCUCCAUGGAUCCAGACAGCAGGCGACGACCAGAAACAGUGGCGACCCAGUUUAAGAGCAGCCUGCUGAAGCUGACAGAGAUCCUGAUGGCUAAAGAGGCCUGGUACGUCCGCUGCCUCAAAUCCAACGAGUCCAAGCAGCCAGGAAAAUUUGAUGAAGCGCUGAUCAGGCACCAGGUGAAGUACUUGGGCUUAAUGGAGCACCUGAGAGUCAGACGUGCUGGUUUUGCUUAUCGACGCAGAUAUGACGUCUUCUUACAGAGAUAUAAACCCCUGUGUCCAGCCACCUGGCCCCACUGGAGAGGAGAACCUGCUGAUGGAGUGGAGGUGCUGGUUCAACAUCUGGGCUACUUGCCACAUGAGUACAAAAUGGGAAGAACCAAAAUAUUCAUCCGUCAUGCGAGGACACUUUUUGCCACGGAGGAUGCUUUUGAGAGAUGUAAACAUGAACUGGCAACAAGGCUCCAGGCCAAAUACAAAGGAUACAAGGCAAAGGGGGAAUUUAAAAAACAAAAAGAAGCUGCCACUAAGAUUGAAACUUGCUGGCGAGGAGUGCAGGCAAGGAAGGAAAGAGAGAAGAGAGCCUGGGCUGUAAAAGUCAUUAAGAAAUUUAUUAAAGGAUACAUGACCAGAGGAGAAGCAAAAUCCACAGAUAACUCUGAAUACCUGGCCUUUGUGAGACAGAGUUACCUCAACAGGCUUAAAGACAAGCUGCCAAAAACAGUUCUGGAUAAAACCACCUGGCUAACUCCACCGGCUGUAAUGACCGAGACAUCAGAGCUGCUGCGUAAGAUUCACAGUCGCCUCUUGGUAAGGAGGUAUGUGAGAGGAAUCACUCCCCAGAAAAAAGCACAGCUUCAACUGAAGGUUAUCACCAGUAACAUCUUCAAGGGCAAAAAGGACAGCUACCCACAGAGCAUUGCUCAGCCCUUUGAGAAGACCAGAAUCAGUGAUCAAGAUAUAAACGUCAAGGUCCUGCAGAUGAUUCGUAACGAGCAAAUCAAGUACAGCGUCCCGGUGAUUAAAUAUGACAGGAAUGGUUUCAAGCCAAGGCCGCGACAGCUCAUUCUCACCCAGACUGCUGCCUAUGUCGUAGAGGAAGCCAAGAUCAAACAAAGAGUGUUGUAUACCUCUCUCAAAGGGAUCUCAGUCAGUAACUUGUCUGAUGGCAUCAUCGUGUUUCAUAUAACGUGUGAAGACCCUAAACAGAAGGGGGAUCUUGUAAUGCAGUGUGACCACUUGUUUGAGUUUUUGACCAAACUCAGUGCAAUUGCUAACAAACAGAAUGCCAUCAAAGUGGUUCAGGGCAGCAUCAAGAUUGAAAUCCAGGCAGGGAAAGAGAGUGCCGUGGACUUCACCACUGGCCAGGAGCCCAUGGUGUACAAGGGCAAGAACGGGCACCUCAUGGUGGUGGCCACCCGGGCCAGAGCACGGUGAUGUGUUUAGGACUGCAGCGUGGACACACAAGAUGCCCCUGCAUAUUUCAUCAAGGAAAGACCCCUUAUGGGAGGAUGGACAUGCUUGCAAAAAGUACACCUGA